AUGGGGGCUCCCAGCCUUAUGACUUCAGAGGCACCCUUUGAACUGUCGCAGCAUCUAGUCGUUGAGGGCUUUAGCCUCAGUGUCUACAGCACUCCAGAAAGCUUCAAGGAAAAGUUCCUUCUCAAGACCUGCAAGAACCCAAUGGUACCCAUAGGCUGCCUGGGCACAGUGGCUGCCCUCACCCAUGACCUCUACUGCUUCCCUAGGGAUCAGAGCCAGUGCUGCCAGCUCAUGAUAUACAACCAGAUUGCCACCCAGGGCUUCUCGCUCACAGCCACCUUGCUGGAUCCAGCUUCAUCAGCUGUGAAGUCUCUGCCCAAGCCUGGCUUGGUCUUGAAAGCUCCGUGGAGAUUAUUCCCAGCCUGGGAGUAA